UAUUCGAUUGUUUGGUUUAAGGGACACUCAUAAAUUAAAAAAAUAAAGACGUCACCUUUUUUGUGAAUUUGUUAAACCUUUUCAUUGGCGUCUCUCUGUAAAUGAGCUAUCGUUCAUGGCUGCCAUUUUCCUGCAGCCAUGGCCGUUUCUUCUCCAUUUAACCAUCGUUUUCUUCUUCUGCAUCUCCCUUUUACCUUCUCCUUCCUUCUCACAGUCCGAUUCUCCCCAAAAUCUCGAGACGUUUUUCCCAGAUGACGCUCUCGCCCCCCCGCCUCCGCCGCAGCCAAACCUCCGGUCGCCGUCAGCGCCAUCUCCGCCGCAAAAAUCGUCGUCGAACAGGGCGGCGAUCACGAGGGCUGUGCUGAUAACGGCGGCGAGCACCGCAGUUGUUGCAGCGGUGUUCUUCUUCCUCUUUCAGAGGUUCGUCGUCGCUCGGCGGCGGAGGGACAGAGUCGCGGCGGAGAGCGCCGUCCGGCCAGGUCCUCCGCCACCGGAGGCGGCAUUGGCACGAGAAGGGUUAACGCGGUUCGACAGGAACGUGAAGGGUCUGAUCGUGGACGAGGAUGGCCUCGAUGUGUUGUAUUGGAAAAAGCUUCAGAGGGGACAAAGUGGAAGCUUGAGGAAGGAGGUGAUGAACAGAGAAGGAGAAGAAGGAGAAGACAAGAAGGUUAUUUAUUACAAGAACAAGAAGAAAUCUGAGCCUGUGUCGGAGAUCCCUCUCCUCCGGGGAAAAUCAUCGACUUCUCACAGUGUAAUCCACCACGAAAAUUACAGAGAUAAUUCCACCAGACCUUCUCCUCCCGUCAAAUUCAAAUCUCUCUCCUUCAAUACUGUCGACAGCUCCGAAACGGAAUCUUCUCCGCCGCCGCCGCCACCACCAUCGCCCCUUCCGAUGCCGGCGAAGCGAGGUUCAUCGGCACCGGCACCUCCUCCUCCCCCGCCCCUGCCGAUUCCGGUGAAGCAAGAUUCGCCAGCAAAUGCCCCUCCUCCUCCUCCGCCCCUGCCGAUUCCGGUGAAGCGAGAUUCGCCAUUACCAGCCCCUCCUCCUCCUCCGCCCCUGCCGAUUCCGGUGAAACGAGAUUCGCCAUUACCAGUUCCUCCUUCGACAGUCUCGUCCAAGCCACCGCCGGCGCCAAAAGGAUCAAGUGCAGAGGAGGGUUCGAGUAAUGGUCAGGUGAAGCUGAAGCCUUUGCAUUGGGACAAAGUCAACCCAGAUUCCGACCAUUCCAUGGUCUGGGACAAGAUCGAUCGUGGUUCCUUCAGGUUCGAUGGAGAUCUAAUGGAGGCUCUAUUCGGAUACGUCGCGAAGAAAUCGCCUGAAAGCGACGGCGAUAAGAAACAAAGCUCAAGUUCACCAUCCCAGAUCUUCAUUCUCGACCCGAGAAAAUCUCAGAACACCGCGAUUGUGAUCAAAUCUCUCGGCAUAACUCAGGAAGAACUCGUUCACGCAUUAACAGAGGGGCAAGAUUUCGUCCCCGACACUCUCGAGAGGCUCGCAAGAAUCGCUCCCACGAAAGAGGAGCAAUCAGCCAUUCUUGAUUUCGAUGGUGACUCGAAAAAGCUGGCCGACGCAGAAUCGUUCCUGUUUCAUCUCCUCAGAGCCGUGCCCUCUGCUUUCACACGGCUCAAUGCCUUGCUCUUCAAGGCAAACUACUAUCCAGAGAUCGCUCAUCAUAAGCAGUGCCUGCAAACCCUAGAUGCGGCCUGCAGAGGGCUCAGGGCUCAUGGCUUGUUCGUCAAGCUUCUUGAGGCGAUACUCAAGGCCGGAAACAGGAUGAACGCUGGAACGACACGGGGAAACGCUCAAGCGUUCAAUCUCACCGCCCUUUUGAAACUCUCAGACGUGAAGAGCGUGGAUGGGAAGACCACAUUGCUUCAUUUUGUCGUGGAGGAGGUCGUUAGGUCUGAAGGAAAGCGGUGUCUGAUGAACAAAAGGAACAGAAACCUUAGCAGUAGCAGCAACAAUGGCGGUUCCAGUUCUGAAAGCUCUCAAGCUGUGUCUAAGGAAGAACAGGAGAAGGAAUACUUGAAGCUUGGUCUGCCAAUAGUUGGAGGCUUGAGCUCAGAGUUCACCAGUGUGAAGAAAGCCGCGGGGAUAGAUUACGAUGCGGUCACUGCCACGUGUUCUGCUCUGAUGACCAGAGCGAAAGACACAAGACGAGUCCUUGCACAGUGCGAGGGAGGUGGGUUCGUGAAGAAGAUGAAUGGGUUUCUCGAUUCAGUGGAGGAAGAAACGAGAAUGGCGAGAGAGGAAGAAAGGAAGGUGAUGGAGUUUGUGAAACGGACAACAGAGUAUUACCAGGCAGGAGCUCUAAAGGGCAAGAACCCUUUUCAGAUUUUUGUCAUAAUCAGAGAUUUUCUAGGAAUGGUGGAUAAGGUAUGCAUAGAGAUAGCCAGGAAUCUGCAGAGGAGGAAGACAGGGAAAACAGGCUCGACCCCUCUGAGGAACGCCGUUAAGUUUCCCGUUUUGCCUCCGAAUUUCAUGUCAGACAGAUCCAGGAGUGAUUCCGGUGGAUCAGAUUCCGACCAGUGAAUUUCUCCGAGUAGGAACAUCCAUAUGAUUCGUUGCUUUGUAAAUAAUAUAUUGCCAGUGAAGAGUUUCGUAUAA